AGAGGAAACCGACUUCAGCACGGAGUCCACCCCCGCUCACUCUUCCUACUGCUGGUGUCCUGCUGUGACCGGCACCACAAGCUCCCCCUGCAACAACAACAACAACAACAACAACAACAAAAGUAAAGCCGCUGAUGAGAAACGUGGAAAAAAAACGAGAACAGCGCUCAGUGAAGGAAGGCAUGACACAUCUCAUCCGGAUCGCCCCCCCGACGGUCCUUCUGUAGCGAUGUCUCCUCGUAGCGCCGUGCUGGGCCUGGUCUUCACCGCCGGCUGCUGCUUCAUGUGCGCGGCCGACGUCGGGGACUUCUCUCCGUGCCUGCAGGUCUUCUACAGGUCUUGGCCCCCUAAAGGUCUGGAGGGGACCCCCAUCUGCCAGCGGUUCCACAACCAGUACCGCUUCGCCACGCUGUACAGCCGGCCGCGGCGCUCCCCGUGGUUCUCGGCGUACUUGUACACCUCACCGGAGGGAAAGAGGCCGAAGUCCUUCUGGAAGUUUGAGCCUCAGCUGGCCGACCCGGGGGCCAGAGGCGACAUGGUCCCGUUCCCUCCGGGCCCCGUGGACCAGAACAUGGUGGACAGCCAGGCGGUGGAGCUGGACUACAUCAACUCCACCUUUUCCCGCGGCCACCUGAAUCCGAGCCUCCACCACCGGAGCCACGAGGACCGCACCGCCACCUUCACCCUCGCCAACGUGGUUCCCCAGAAGGCGGGCUCCAACGACGGGCCCUGGAAGGCCCUGGAGCAGGCGGUCAACAGAACCCUGGCGGCGCACUGCCUCGGGGCGGCUCACGUGGUGACCGGCGCCAUCCCGUACCGCGGCGCCGGCCGCUGGCUGGGGAACCGGCGCGUGGCGGUGCCGGAGUACCUCUGGUCCGCCUACUGCUGCCCGGAGUACAGCGCCAGUCUGCCGGUGGAGCUGCGGAAAGCGUUCCCGACGUACGCCGCCAUCGGACGCAACGACCGGGACAGCGGCGAGGAGAUCGUCCCCGUGAGCCCGGCGGCGAAGGAGCAGUUCAGAGGGUUCGAUGUGAGGACCAUGACUCUGGAGAUCCUGGAGGGUCACCUGGGGGACCGGCUGGGGGGGGCGGUGAGGGUCUUCUAUGAGCAGUGCUCUGGGUCGGACUGAGGAUGCACACACACACUGACCCUACACACACACACACACACACACACUGACCCUGCAGACACACACACACACACUGACCCUGCAGACACACACACACACACACUGACCCUGCACACACACACACACACACACUGACCCUGCAGACACACACACACACACUGACCCUACACACACACACACACACACUGACCCUGCAGACACACACACACACACACUGACCCUGCAGACACACACACACACACUGACCCUGCAGACACACACACACACUGACCCUGCACACACACACACACACACACUGACCCUACACACACACACACACUGACCCUGCAGACACACACACACACACUGACCCUGCAGACACACACACACACACUGACCCUGCAGACACACACACACACUGACCCUGCAGACACACACACACACACUGACCCUACACACACACACACACACACUGACCCUGCAGACACACACACACACACUGACCCUGCAGACACACACACACACACUGACCCUGCAGACACACACACACACUGACCCUGCACACACACACACACACACACACACACUGGCCCUGCAGACACACACACACACACUGACCCUGCAGAUACACACACACACACACACACACUGACCCUACACACACACACACACACACACACUGACCCUGCAGACACACACACACACACUGACCCUGCAGACACACACACACACUGACCCUGCAGACACACACACACACACUGACCCUGCAGACACACACACACACAAUGCACCUGCAGACACACACACACACACACACUGACCCUGCAGACACACACACACACACUGACCCUGCACACACACACACACACAAUGCACCUGCAGACACACACACACACUGACCCUGCAGACACACACACACACUGACCCUGCAGACACACACACACACACACACACUGACCCUGCACACACACACACACACACACAAUGCACCUGCAGACACACACACACACACUGACCCUGCAGACACACACACACACUGACCCUGCAGACACACACACACACUGACCCUGCACACACACACACACACACUGACCCUGCAGACGCACACACACACAAUGCACCUGCAGACACACACACACACACACUGACCCUGCAGACACACACACACACACUGACCCUGCACACACACACACACACUGACCCUGCAGACGCACACACACACACACACCUCCUCAAGGUACAUCUUUGAAGGUUCAUGCUAAUUUAAUGUAAUUAAAUCUCACAGAUGAUGUUUUAAUGUGUCGUACGGCGACCUUGAGUGCCUUGAAAGGCGCCUUAUAAAAUAAAUGUAUUAUUAAUCUGC